AUGACCACAAUCAACCCUUCGGUGCUAGCAUCGUUGCUACAACAUGUCCCGCAAGAAAGUCGCAGCAUAGCAGUCAGAGCCGCUGUUGAUAGCAUCAGGCAAGGUAGCGUGAGUGAGAUAGGUCCGCUCGGAUCUCUUCUUGGCCAAUAUCCGGACAGUGAUGCCGAGCAGAAUCUGGCUUUGCACCUACGGGAGCUACUGGACGAUGGCAAGACGCCUGCCACCACAGAGCUGCCUGAUGGUAUUCGAGACGACCUACUGGGGUAUGCCGUGAUUUGUCUCGAGAGGACCGUUGGUGAUCUGGUUCGCGGCCGGGGCAGGUCGGUCGAGGUAUCCAUGGAACGCAUGCCUGGCUUGCUAGCCAACAGAGAAGCGGAAGUCGACUCGGGAGCAGAAGAAGCCAUACUGGACUUCCAGCAUAUCAAAUUUCUGCUCGCCUUCGCAAGGUCUAGUGUCAGAUCAGAUUCCCCCAAGAAUGUGGUUGAUGGUCUACUCAACGCUGCCAUAGUUCUGAGUGGCUGCGCUGACCGAGAUAUCGCUUCUGCAGCCUCCAGUGUGCUGAGCUGGCAAGUCAAGCUCGGCCUCACUGAUGAUACCUCGCGUGCAUCACAACUAUGGUCAUGGCUGCAAGCAUUACUGUCCAGCUCUGAGGCCUUCUACCGCAAUCUUGCGUUCUCGCUGUGGCUGCGAUGUGCAAGUUCUCACGGGAAACUGCUACUUCAGUGGAUGAAGACGACGUACUGGUCUCUGCUACAAGAAGGCAUGCAGAAUGGGGAUGCCGAACGUCGAAAACAGUGCCUCGCAAUACUGCGGCAGUCUGUUGUGUUGGCAGCAGGGAUCGACAGCUUAUGUGGAACCAUUGGCAAUGAUCUUGUGACCACGAAAGACAUUGGGCCACCAGUGAAACCGGAAUUGAAAGAUAGCGCCGCUCUCGUUGAGCAAUACGAACGCUACUGUACUGUUUUCGAGACGGUCCUGCUCGGCCGCUACCUCAAUCAGGUCAUCGCCACAAAGCCAGACCUUGACUUCCUCAGCAAGUCCACGUCUCUGGUCAGAACAGCUUGGCUACACGUUCUACUUGCUGCAGCCUUGCAUCCCAAGAUCCAAGACUCAAAUCGCAAGUUCAUCGGAAACUGGAUCAUGCGCUCGAAAUUCCAGUCGGAGUGUUCAGCAGAAUUUGUGCGCUUCUUGGAAUCUGCGUUUCUGCCUUGGGCUACCCAGGGCUCACUCUUCACUUCUACACUAAGCGAGGACGAAGGGCGUCUGCGAUGCACUCAUGGCGAGAGGCUGGCCGACUACAUCUGUGGCCUGCUCGAGGCCAACGCCGUCAAUAAUACCUUGGCAUUAUCCAUCGUGGACGCUGUCCUCGACCUCAUCGUGAACAGGCGUAGUGGCAACUUUGCGUACGCAAGUGUUUACUUGUUAGAGGGAGUAGCCCAAGGACUCCAAGUUUCUCCAGCAGUCAGGCUGGAACAGAAGCAACUUCGCAGGAUCGCUGAUCUGUCUACAUGGGCAGCUCUGCCAGAGGUGGCAAGAGACUUUGUCUUUUUGCGGUGCUUGAAGCUAUGCGCUGAAUCCCCAACGUCAAGCACGAGCACGAACGACAGAGCCACGUCUCGAGCAGGUAGUCGAUGGUCUGAACUCCAGAAACUGCUUCAAGAUAGUACAAGCGACGUCCUGCUUAGGGGACCAGUAGCGGCGUGGGAUACCAAGUCAUCAAAGCGAGACCAGCUGGAGGCUGCAGCUUUGGAGAAAUGUGGUUACCUUCGUGCAUUGCUCAACGGAGAGGCUAGAAUAUCAGCCGAGGUCCUAAUGACACAAGUCGAGGAUAUUUGGAGUGAGAUGGAGUACCUGGAGUACCCGAAAAACCUCCUCAUGCAAAUGCCAAGUCUGAUCCUGCACAAGACAACUCUUGCACUGGCUCAAGAUCACAACGAGGUUAUGAGAAUGGUGUCGGCAAGAAUGAGCGACCUUCAAACUCUGUCAGCGAGUCGAGUCUACCUCUUUCCACCAUUUGCCUGCGCCAUCCGAAACCUCACAAUCUUCAACGACGGAGCCACGGAUCUCCUCGACAUAGAAGAUCUGAUUAUAUGCUACGCUGAUUGCUUGCCCGAGCCCACCGUGGACCUCCGCCUGGAAGAUGCUACGACAUAUCUGCUACAAUCGAUAGAACCCAACAUGACAGCGCGCUUUGGCUAUGAGUAUUACUUCGGUAAACGAGGGAUGUUCGGCGUUGCUGCUCUGAUCGAUCUAGUAAGCAGGAUGGGCAGCACAAACAUUACACAAGCCAUCUUCGAUCGGCUCUUACAACGCUGGGCGAAGCAGAGAGCACCUGUGCCUAGUGUCAGCUCCUGGAAGACGACUUUGCAGCUGCAGCUUAUGCUGCUCACUUGUGAGCAGAUCUUGCCACAUCUUGACGCUGAAGCAGUGUUGCAGAAGCUGCAUUAUGUGCUAUCUAUCGAGCCGCUACCUCGAUAUCGAUAUCUUCUCUCCUGGAUCAUUGCGCGGAUAUACCUGCAGAAGAAGGAUCCACAGCAGCGUAUUUUGAGCGAGCUUGGCACGAAAGAUCAUCAUAGCAAUCCGAAGUAUCUUGCGUCACUACUCAAGAUUGGCGUCAUGAUCGCGAAGACAGAAGGCACAGAUCCUGAGUUUGCGUUCAAGCUAGCUUGCGCCUUCGUACCGCUCGCUGCGUCGUCCAAAGUAGUCAUUCGGCACGAAGCUCAAUGGCAGAUUCCCAGACUUAUGGACCAUGCUGAAACACAUGGUUGGGAUCAGAUCACGGGCAAUGCUGCUUUUGUGGCCCUCAACGACUAUAUUCGCAGUCUGGAAAGAUAUGAAAUACCGCCACUGGAACGACAGCUUGAUCGCUUCGAUCCUGUCCUCGAUCACACCAUGACGAAUCUGGUUGAGGGGCCGUGGUAUGGACUUGAUAGCACGGAAUCGCCACUCUGUGGUCGAGUAGACUUUUUGGCACUGUGGGAAGGUGAUGCGCAGCAGGGAAUCCAGAAGCUGGAGGCCUGCAUACCUUUAGGCGAUCCCAUAGUGCUACCCACGAUUGCUCCUCAUGAGUCCUCCAUAGCAGGGACGAGCAGCGUCGAGAACGCACAGGCUCUGACACCUUCCAAGGGAGACGUGUCGCGUGCUCUACAGACUAAAGGAACAGCGUACCUCACGAGCGGCCUCGAGAACGAAGCAGAGCAGUCGGCCAAGCGCAACGAGCUUAUCGUGGUUGCCUCUCUCGUCGACAAUCCAUACAACCUCGGUGGCCUCUCCCGGGUAUCAGAGAUCUUCGGAGCUUCCGAGAUGCAUCUACAGAACCAGAACGUCACGUCGAACAAGGACUUCUCGAAUGUGUCAGUGUCGUCUCAUGUGCAUCUGCCGAUGUUCCAGCUCUCAGCCACCGCAGUAGUGGAAUAUCUGAUGGAGAAGAAGCGGGACGGAUGGUCGAUCGUGGGUAUUGAGCAGACUGAUCGGAGUGUCUUGCUUGGCACAGAGGCAUGCAAGCUGCCAAGGAAAACUGUGCUGAUUAUUGGAGGUGAGAAGGAGGGCAUUCCGGCAUUGGUGCUGGGAGAGUGCGACCUAUUGGUUGAGAUUCCGCAGCAGGGCAUUACCAGAAGUCUGAAUGUGCAGACUGCAGCAGGAAUCGUGUUGUUCGAGUAUACUCGACAGCAUCGUGGUGUAGAAAGCAGCAGAGUAGAUCAUUAUAGUUGA